UGGCAGAUUUAAUUAAUCGUGAAUCGUCUGAUAACAAUUUCGUAUAAUUUAUUGAAGUCAACUGUAGAUUCGCCGACAUCGAAUUAGUCGUCAUUUGGACGUUCUGCACUUUUCCUAUUUUCAUUUCUUAAACGUCACGGAAAUUCCAGGAAGACAACUCAUACCAGGAAACUCUUGGAUAAAUUAUCAACAGCGUAAAAUGGCUCAGAAUCGUUGUUACAAAGAGAUAGUUUACGUUUAUGAAUUGCCGUUUGAACCACGUGAUGAGCUGUGCAGGAGUUUAAAUGAGAGCGGGAAAUGGAUGGACUUUGCAGAUCGUAUAAGAUGUGACAGCGAAACUAAACGGAAAUGUGGAUCCGAAAACGAUCCAAUGAAUGCAUUACUCACUGUGUGGAGUCGUGGGUGUCCUAGGAUAUCAGAUUUAUAUCUUCUGCUGAACGAAAUGCAACAGUCCAAAUUGAUGGAUAUGAUGAAAAAAUUCGUUAGCAAAGAGCAUCACAACCUGAUAGAUAAGGGCAAAGAAAAUGCUGAUAUAAUUUCCGGCCACAAGGGUAGAAACUCAAAUUCGAGAGACUGCAAGAUCGGUUCGCAAAAUUUUAAUCAGAGUGAGCCAGCUAUAUCUAAAAAUAAAAAAUUUUUGGUUCAUGAACUUAAGAACCACGGGGAUACAACAAAAAUAUCAAACAACCCUUCUAGUUUCUCAUCAUCCAACGAUUCGUCAGACCAACAGGCAGAAGCUGGAACUUCGAAGAUUAUUAAUAAAAAUAUCUCACCAAUCAAAUCAACCUUGCUCAAAGUUCCGUAUGAGGAUUUGAAAGUUGCUACGAUGGGUUGGAAAACUGUACUGGGUGAAGGUAGUUUCGGAACAGUAUUUAGAGGCAAAUUGAAAAAUAGGCUGGUGGCAAUUAAAAGAAUGGACAAACAGAUAGCUGAUACUAUUCAGGACAACAAUAUACAACGACAACAGUUGCUGAAGGAAAUGGUGAUUCUGAACGUGUACAGGCAUGAUAAUAUCAUAAAUCUAUUCGCUUGCUGCAUGGGCAGGGAAAUGCCUUGUCUGGUGUAUCAACUCAUGGAAAAUGAUACAUUGAAAAACCAGCUUGAAAGGAAAAAGAAAAAAAGUCCUCUGACUUGGCUACAAAGGCAUGAAAUAGCUAAGGGUAUCGCCCGAGGCAUACAAUUUUUGCACACUGGUGGGAAAAGGCCACUUAUUCAUUGCAACAUCAAGAGCGCUAACAUCUUUUUGGACAAGAAUUUCGAACCUAAAAUCGGAAAUUUUCGAUUAGCCGAAGAACUCAAAAAUGAUAACAUGAAAGUGAGCAGAAUCAGCGUUACAACAGCUCAUUUACCAGACGAUUAUUUGCACAGUAGAGAGCUGUCGACUAAAGUUGAUAUGUACAGUUAUGGUAUUGUAUUAAUUGAACUAGCCACUGGCAAAACAGCAUCCGAUGGAAACAUUAGGGCUCUGAAGGAAAUGGUAGACAAUGAGGAAGGAAAAUUUAUACCUUUUUUGAAAGAUCUUGAUGUGGAAGAGACAUACGAAGAAGUGUAUGAUAUACUGAUUACUUUAGGAAAACGCUGUUCCAAAAGUAAGCCUGAAGAUAGAUUACAUAUGAUGUUAGUCCUUCAAAAACUCAAUGAAUUACACUGAAAAUAAUGUAACAUUGGUAAAAAUAUUGUUUCGUCAUUUUUUACCUCUGAGACAGAUCUACAAAAGUUAUGUUACUAAGUAUAAGGCCAUACAUCUCAUUACAUUUUCCAUAUAGUAUAUUUAUGUUAAACGAUUAUACCAUGUGAAAGUACUCUGAAUGCAGAUUAAGAUUUUUUACUAUUAAGUUGGAAAUUGGAAAAAUAAUUUUGUUUUGGACGUUCUGAAAAUUGACAAAAUCCUGUAAUUCCAGCUUUCAAUAUUGGUCCUCAUUCAUAGGUUAGUCACUAGUCAUAUCAGAAAAUGCCUUGUAAAGAUAAGUCAUGAAAAUUACCUAUUUUUAUAGUCUUUAUUAGAGCCGAAAUGAACUG